CUUCAACAUGCGAAUUUUGAUCAAUUUUCCACCUGGAGAAUGUCAUCUAUGUCUCACAACAUAAGAUUGAUACUCUCUGUGCUUGUGGGCAUUGUCGCCAUGCUGUUUACCUUUCGCCCCCUGGCCCCGGGCUCUGUCGUUAAAUCCGUACGCUGUCUAUCACCCGGGCUCUAUCAAAGGUUUCCCAACCUACCAUUCAAGACUAUGUUACGAUCCUUUUCCGAUUGCCAUGUAUCCGAACUAUCCGAUUCCAAUUUUGGCCUCUCGGCCUGUGAAAAGGGCGAUCGUGCAGCACACCGGACUAUCUUUGUUAAUGACGAUCAACACAAUCUCGAGUAUACAUUUCAGCUGCUUAUGGAUAUUGCUAGGCGACCUUGCCUUGCAAUUCGUAAAGCGGAUUGAGUAUGUGUGCUGGCCUGUGGAUGGUGAUGACUAUCCUGAGUUACCAUACCAACGCGAUCUAACCGCGAAUGAUAUGCGUCUUCUCAGACGCGCGGUACAAAAUGCGGGCUUUCAGGGCGACAAGGAAGAAAGAAUCAUCAAUAUGCUCAUGCAAACCAAAUUGAAUCAUGACUUGGGCUACGUUACCCCUGAAGGUUGUAGGGUCUGGAAAUUUGGCAUUACCCCCGCUUACAUCACACAAGCGAUCGUCGCUAUUAUCGUGUCCAUGUCACCAAAUCUUGAGACCAUGGCAAUGACACAGCCUUUCCUUUACUACAUCGAGCUCGAGGAAGGCGAAGAAUGGGCCAAAGAAUUGCCGCUCGUUGAACUUUUCCGACAGGCUAAUUCCCGCCCAGAGGAAACUCGCUUCCUUCAGAAACUACGCGAUGUCUAUUUGAUCAAUCGAGGAGAUCGCAUCUCCAGUGAUGGGCGGUACUAUGUGCAAUCAGAUUUGAUUGCUUGCCUCGAGCUCUUCAAUAAACUCCCAUCCAUCGAGUCAUUUGGUAUCGAUGCGUUUGAGCCAGAUGAGAACAACGGCAAACAAACAUGCGAGGACGCAAGCUCGAAUAUUAGCAAAAUCAAAAUCAACCACUCCUCUUUGUACUCGAGCUAUCUCUUAUGCGUGAUGGCAUCCUGCAAAACCCUGACCGAACUCCAAUAUACCACUGGAGGAAGAGCAAGCCUUGAUGGGGGAUAUCCUAUGUUCAAUCCAAAAGCCUUUAUCAAAGGGCUAGCAGCACACAAAAGAACGCUAAAAGUUCUCGACAUCGAUACCGAACAAUUCACUUCGAGCUACCCUGGUGAAGCGAAGUCGCAAUACUCCUUCGCAGAGACUGGGACAAAUAUGGAGGCCCCGGUGAAUUCGAAUUUGACCUUUACGAACCUGAUGAUCUCGACGAUGAUGACCCUGAGCUCAAGAUGCACCGAUACUUGGCGUCGAUUUGGGACCGCGAUGCAUCGCUGAAAGACUUUGUGGCAUUGAAAGAACUGAGUAUCGGAAUUGAACUUUUGCUUUACUUCGCCCAGGGCGUCGAAAUCGAUGAUGCGAAAAGAGCAAGUGUCAGGCUAGUGGACCGUCUACCGGAUAGUCUGGAGUAUUUGUCCAUUCGAGGCUAUGAAAAGGGAGCAAAUGAAGUACACGAUAAGGAAGUAGCUGCGUUAAUGGUCCAAUUUGACUCAGGUUCUUUGAGGUUGAAGGAGAUCAAGGGGGUGGAUGAGAUUAUUCCGAAUGGUUGCCAUGUUGAAAACCCGGAUCAGGAUGACCAUUUACUGUGGUCCUUG